ACUGGGGGUCUGUUGUGGUCUUGUUCGCACGCUGCUACUUGCUCUUGUUCGCACGCUGCUACUCUUCUGUGAACAUUUAACGUAUAAACACAUGCAACAGUGUGAAAACACUGACAGGAUAUGAAACGCGUCGCCUGUGUGCUCGCACACCAUCAGGAGCAUCCUCCCGUCCAGAAGAAUGUAGUUCGUGUGGUCAGAGCGCAGCUUGUUCAGUGGUACUCGGUUUGCACAAGCAUCUUCAUUUUUUAAAUUUCUCAUUAUUUUCAUUUUUCACUCAUUAUUAGGUUACAUUAUGUCCAAAAAAAGUGGGCGGGUAAAUGGGUCAAACACAGGACUUUCACCCAGGGAACCGAUUUAACACUCAAAACUUCAGAUUUUCGUUUUUACCCCGUUAUUAUUAUUUUCACUUAUAACUCGUUCUUCGGUUUGUCUUAGGAGAAAAAGAAAGCGUUUCACGGCAGGAAUGUGUCCUGCUAUUAACAAAAUAUGUAUCGAUUGUCUGUACAGCGAAUCACAUUGCAAUCUUUUGCAUGAUGAAGUAGGUUGAAGUUCAAAUAUUCUCACCCUGGAACCGUAGUUCUGAUUCCAACGGGGACCAACUGGUCAAAACAUUGCUCCGCAGUGCUAAUGGUGGCCAAGGACUCCACCGCAUACCUUUCAAUAAGCAUUCCAAUGAGAAAGCAUGCAAUGAGACGGCCAUUGUUGAGAAACUUUUUCUCUCCCUGAACAUCGUCAAAUGAAAGAUUGUCACAGUCACAAGUCUGUCGGUCUUUGAGCAGUUGGCAGAAUUACACACUUUCUGUUUUGUUCGAGCCUUCACAGCCGUAAGAGGAAUGAUAUAUUUAUGAUAGUGAGCACUUUUACGCGGGGCAAUGUUUUUGCUCCAGGCUCACAACAGACAGAGCCGAGGGACGGGACAAAAGGAGGGGGGGCUGUCCCAAUUAGCGGUUGGCAGUAGAUUAACAGGGUAUUGAUGUCAACGCUUGUUCCACAGCCCUGCACGGAUAGUGGCUUCAUUCAAGUGGACAGAAUACCAUUUGCAUAUCGACGACACAAAGAAUAGAAAGCGCCCAUGUAUCUGACACACAGCUGUGGAGCCCUUGUAUGAAAGAAAUAUUAUCCCCCCCCCCCUCAGCCAGUGGGUCUUCUCCCCACAUCUGUCUGAUGGCUGUGAGAGUGAUUAUUUUGGGCAUUCCAAUUCAGGAUGCCCCCAGGAGGCAAGAGACCAACAAGGGCCCCUGUCUCCUCCAGGCGCCCCCCCCCUCCUCCUCCUGUUUUCCACUUGCUCCCCCAUAGGGCACGGGGCCCCUCUUUAGAACUCCACACACCAUAGACAAAAGAUCAUCUCUGAGACUUUAGUCAUAAACUUCUCAAUUGACAGCACAGUCCAUCGACUAUCUAUCAGCGGCGCGGCGGGAGUUCACGGUGCAGCCACUCGGGCGCACCACGAGGCCUCCGUCUCCAUGGAGUCAUCCCUGACGUCUCACUGCGGCUGAGGCACGCCAUUCUCCCCCCCCGCUGCCGAAAAAUGCGCCGCGUAUUCUGACUCGGGCUAUUGUGGAGCGCACAAGUGGCCCUCAGAGGGGACGGGGUGCGGAGAAAGAAAGGGUGGGGUCAAGGUUCAAACGAAAAGGCUCCCGUCGGGACUGCCUCUCUCUUAUCAAAUUUGUCGAGACACAAAAAGGGCUACAGUCUCCCUCCCAAGAGCAUCUUGAGCGAGAGAAAGGGAGGUUAUAGGACAGCAUUCUUUUGUGGCAGGGCUUCAGUUCUCCGGCAGCUCGGCAGGCAAACUCCGGGUCUCCACUCACAGCUGCUGUGCAACUAUUUACUCCUGCGCUGGUCGUUGUCCACUCCGAUUGUGCUCCUAAUUUUCUCCACCCUUCUGUCUGGACGUCUUUGGAGCUCUGGAGCUCGGCCGCCCCAAUGGAGUCAACUGCACUCGAGCUGUCCCUGCUGUCCAAUCAGUCGUCAGCGGAGACCUGUGCAGCGGUGGAGACGACGGCCGAGAACACUCUUUUCGGAUGCUUCUACAUCCUGGUUUUCUUCCUGGCGCUGAACGGCAACAGCUUGGCCCUCUGGAUCUUCUGCCACCAGCGCGGCACCUCCUCCCCCGCCAAUGUCUUCCUGAUGCACCUGGCCGUGGCCGACUUGUCCUACGUGAUCAUCCUCCCGCUGAGGGCCACCUACCACCUCACCGGCGGCCACUGGCCCUUUGGCGAGGUGCCCUGCCGAGUGGUGGGCUUUUUGUUUUACGUCAACAUGUACGCGAGCCUCUACUUCCUGGCCUGCGUGGCGGCCGACCGCUACCUGGCGGUGGUCCAUGCCGUGAGAUCGCUGAAGGCGCGCCGCGCUCGCUAUGCUCACAUCAUCAGCUUCUCCCUCUGGGCGCUGGUUACCGUCUCCAUGGCGCCACUGCUCGUCACACACCAGACUGCAGAGGUGGACGGCGUGACGGUGUGUCUGCAGCUUUACAGGGAGAAGGCCUCGCGCAAUGCGCUCAUCUCACUGGCUGUGGCCUUCACGCCACCGUUCUUCGUCAUCCUGUCCUGCUACCUGCUCAUCAUUCACAGCCUGCAGCAGGGCUCCAGGUUGGAGCCGGCAAUCAAACUGAGGGCCCUGAGGACCAUCAGCCUGGUGAUCCUCAUCUACGUGGUCUGUUUCCUGCCUUAUCACGUGAGCAGGGCCACCUUCAUCCUGGGGCACAACCAGCCCGACACAUCCUGUCAGACGCGCAGGGGCCUGAAUCUGGCCAACCGGCUCACCUCCUCCCUCACGUGUCUGAACGGCGCCAUGGACCCACUGGUGUACGUGUUUGGGGCGAAGAAGUUCCACGGCGCUCUGACGCGCAUGUUUUGCAGGGACAGGGCAGGAGUGUCGGGGGCCACCAGUGGAGAGCUCAAGGGAACUCACGAGAGCUCUGUGAGUGCCAAGUCAGAGUUCUGAGCAAUUUGCACUCAAACUCAAAAGUGCUGUGUGGACUGAAUGCUUUUCCAACACAACCACAAUUGGCCCCGACUGUUGACUGACUGUUGCCAUUGCCCAACUCUAGGCUGGGGCUUAUUCUGCCAAAGUACUGUAGCCCCCACAGCCUGAAUUUAAAGCCCUUUGUCCACCCUGUGCCCAAUUUUCCUGAACCAUCAGGACUGUAAUCUGAAACCAUCUGUUUGAAUACAGGAGGGUGUAAAGUCUCCAAACACCAAAUGAGGACUGACCCACAGAUGUGUGAAAUCAUGUUUCGCAAGACAACCGCUUUCAUUGGCCAGUCAAGUCCCACAUUAUAGAAUUUGAGAUUCCCAUGUCAUUUUUGAUAUCAAAGCGGGUUUAGUUGAUUUAUAGACACAAUGAAAGUGUCAAAAUGCUCAAUCCAAAGAGAAAUGGACACAGACCAUAUUUAGAAACUGUCUUAAAACAAGUCGUCAGGGCAUCCACAAUGUUGUGAUGUCACAACUGUUGCAAAAUAGUACUUUUUGACCAAAUCGACGUAUCUGGAAAGUAACUAUUACUGCAUAAUAAGACAAACAAGUAGUGUUAAUGUGUGUAUACGUAUUGUUUCCAACUGCUUCUCUGUUUUGUUUUCGUGAUUCCGAAAAUUCCACUCUCAGUGCUGUUUGAGUGUUGCACAUUGUAGGAGAAGUCCACAGUUGCAAACGUCUUGAAAAAUGUCCUUAAAAGAUUUAAAGAGUCGACCAGAGACCCCCUAAACACUUGAAUAUAAAGAUUAUAUGAUAUGAUGCCCUGAGCCUUCAUGCAUCGAAGGCUCAGUGUUUAAAACUGGACGUUGGAACUUGGCCGGAACGCUACGAGGAUAAGAAAAUUGGACAAAAUGGUACACGUGUACAUAAUUAACUCUGACUGCAUUUUUCGUGUCUCAUAUACUCUGCCAAAUGUGGUACAUACUUACAGUAUUAGUUAGCUUUAAAUAUUAUUUCUUUAAUCUACAGUGUUUGUCGGCCGGGUCACCGCUUUAGUCCAGCUUGAAAAUAUCUCAACAACUAUUUUAGAUGGAUUGCCAUGAAAGCACAUCCUUGAUAUCCGUGACAACCACAGGGUUCGUGUGCUCCGUGCUCUCGAGCUCUUAUUGUCAAAUGUGAGCAUGGUAUUGUGUUGGAGAUGCCGGGGCAUGGUGGCAUGUUAGCAUUGUCAUUAUGCUCACGUUGGCGUUUAGCUCGGAGCCCCUGUUGUCGCCCACCUGCAGCCUCCCAGAUGCUGUAGUUUCAGUGCCGAUGCCGUUGUUACUUUCCUGUCCGCGGGCCGCGUUGCUUGGAUAGCAAAUGCACUUGCGGAGAACCAUACGCCUGCUGUUGAACGAGCAGAGGUGGAUUUGGACACGCCUCGAACGCACUUGCGCCAUGCGCUCUACACCAUGCUCUUAGAUCAUUAAACUGGAGCCCUUUAGCCUUUUGUUUUAAUAUAAGGUCUAUCCCAAAUGUAUGUAUGUAUAUAUAUAUUGUCUAUUGCUGUUUUGAGCCGCUGGGGGACACGGGCACCACGUUAACCUUGCUUGUGCUCGAAAAAUCUUUAAUUGUACAUACGGUAUAUUGUCCAUUAUCCAGUUUCCUAACUCUCCCUCGCAUCUGUUUUGCCCAUGUUAUACUGUGAAAUACAAUGUUGCCUGACAAAUUACUAAUCCCUAUUUUUACUGUGAGGCAGUUUAUCUAACCGUCCUCUGCAACAUGGAUUAAUAAAACGUGACUUUGUCUCGAA